CGCGAUUCGUUCCUUGAUCCGGAAGAAGAGAGCAAUAUCACUUGCGAUUGGGUCGUCCUAGGAGGGCGGAGCUCCCGCGAGCCAGUCACGUUGGCGACCGGACGUGACGACAGCGGAAGGCUCUCUCCGCUCGAAGCUCGGUGGGCGGGGUCGGCAGAGCUAAGCGGGCGGCAGUCUUCUCCCCUGAGUCAGCCUUGCUGGGGGCGGCGCCAUGAGGGGCACGCCUCUCGCGCCCGCUCCGGCUGGCUCGGGAGCGCUGUCAGCGGCUCGGGGGGGCGGAGCCUAGGGCAGACUCGCAGCGCCGAGCGCGCGCCGUCACCGCCGGGAGUCUUCCGGCUUCUGGGUGGAUUCGCAUCCUCUCAAGAGGCUGUGGUCGCCCUCCGUUUCUCGUGGAACCCUCUCUGCCAGGCAACUUCUUGAGCCCAACAUUCUCGCUCUAGUUCUCGCCCUUCCGAGAACCUCGGCCCCACACGCCCCCAUUUCCCUGGAUGCGCUGCCCCCUCCCACCCCUCAAAAAUGUCCAAUAAUCUCCGGAGGGUCGUGCUCAAACCCGCUGAGGAGAAUUCAGGCAACGCCUCACAUUGUGUUUCAGGCUGCAUGUACCAAGUAGUUCAGACGAUUGGCUUGGAUGGAAAAAAUCUUCUGCAGUUACUUCCAAUUCCUAAUUCUUCUGGAAAUUCUAUACCACUAGUUCAAUCUUCAGUCAUGUCUGAUGGUUUAAAGGGGAACACAGGAAAACCAGUUCAAGUUACUUUUCAGACUCAGAUUUCCAGCUCUUCCAAAAGUGCAUCAGUUCAAUUGCCCAUUUUUCAGCCAGCCAGUUCUUCAAACUAUUUUCUUACAAGAAAAGUAGAUACAGCAGAAAAAGGUAGAGUUACUACUGUGAGAACUGAAAGUUUUACUUCAUCAGCUUCUAAAGUUAAGAGACAUGGUAUAAAAAUGGAUGGACUUACCAUGCAAACAUUUGCUGUUCCUCCGUCCUCAACACAAAGUGGUUCAUCUUACAUUGUAGUCAAUACCCAGAGUCUUCCAGUGACUGUGAAAUCUCCAAUUUUGCCUUCUGGGCAUCAUUUACAGAUUCCAGCCCAUGCUGAAGUGAAAUCUGUACCAGCAUCAUCAUUGCCUCCUUCAGUUCAACAAAAGAUACUUGCAAGUGCAACCACAAGUACCUCGGGAGCAAUGGAGGCCUCCCAAAUACCAACUGUUAUUUAUGUAUCGCCUGUCAAUACAGUGAAAAAUGUAGUUACCAAGACUUUUCAGAAUAUUUACCCAAAACCUGUUACAGAAAUAGCAAAGCCAGUGAUACUAAAUACCACACCAGUUCCAACGAAUGUUGCUACAGAGACGCAGUUAAAAGGUGGUCAGCAUUCUCAAGCUGCUCCAGUGAAAUGGAUUUUUCAAGAAAAUCUACAGCCUUAUACUCCAGCUCUUACUCCUGUUAAAUCUUCAAAUAAUGUGGCUUCAAAGAUUCUAAAAACUUUUGUAGACAGGAAAAGUUUGAAUGAUACUAUAAAUAUGCCACCAUUGAGUACCUUCAGUCCUAGUGGGACACAAUCCAUAAGUAUGCCUAUUAAAGAUAAUGCUUUGGUUAUGUUUAAUGGGAAAGUCUAUCUAUUGGCUAAGAAGGGUACAGAUGUUCUGCCAUCACAGAUUGACCAACAGAAUUCUAUUUCUCCUGAUAUUCCACUAAGAAAAGAUGUAUCACGGGUAGUGAGUUCAAGUCCAGUAACAGAAAUAUCCAGAGAGGUUUUAAAUAUUAUUCUGGCUAAAAGUAAAUCUUGCCAGAUGGAGACAAAAUCAUUUUCAAAUACCUACCUUGCUUCCUUGGCCAAUCUAAGGGCAGAGAAGAAUAAAAAUAUGGAGAAAUCAUCUCUCUCUACCACAGAGCCACAUAGUAUGAAUCAAUCCAGUAACUACCUAAAACAGAGUAAGACUUUAUUCACAAAGCCAGUCUUUCCAGAUGGACUUAGUACAGGACAAAAUGCCCCCAGAAAAGGAAAUACCAUCCAGUGCAUAGAGAAAAUAAGUUCCUCUGUUGAUGCAACAACUGUUACUUCACAACAGUGUGUGUUCAGAGACCAAGAACCAAAGAUCCAGAAUGAGAUGGCAUCGACAUUAGAAAAAGGUACUCAAGAAAGAAAUGAAAAGAAGGAUCCUCAAGGAAGAAGUAAGGCAUCUUAUCUGAAGAGUGAUGCUGAAUUUAAAAAGAUAUUUGGUCUCACCAAAGAUUUGAGAGUACGCCUUACUCGAAUUCCUGACCAUUUGGGUUGUGGAGAAAGUUUUGAUUCCUUUAGCAGUUUAGUGAAGAGUAGUACUUUGAAAGAGACAGAGCUUAUGGUGAAAGAAGAAAGAAAACAGAGUUUUGAUAAGAAAAGGAAAGCGAAAACCCCUAAGAAGAUGGAUCGCACAAAGAGAAGAAAAACUAAGAAUGCUAGUACCACAGUUAUCAAUGGGGGAACCAGUGCCACCAGUUCCCAGUUCAGUAUUUUAUCAGCUUCAGAUGUAUCACAGCAUAGCAUUGUCACAAGCCACAGCAAAACCAGAGAAGAAAAGAAAACUGAGACAGAGCACUGUACCCACGAGAAGCAGGAGAAAGUUGCAUUGCAUUCCAAUGCAGUUUUUGAACAAGGUCAUUCCUUUAAUAAAAAUUAUACUGAAGAUAUUUUCCCAGCGACACCACCAGAAUUAGAAGAAACCAUUCGAGAUGAAAAAAUAAGAAGACUUAAGCAGGUGCUGAAAGAGAAAGAAGCAGCUCUUGACGAAAUGCGUAAAAAGAUGCAACAAAAAUAAAAUGUCCUAUACUUAAAGACUUCAGUGAAAUAACUGUUUUUUUUUUUUUUAAGAUGCUAUUGGCUGAAAUACAGUAGUCCCUCCAUAUUCACAGGGAAUAUGUUCCAAGACCCCCAGUGGAUGACUGAAACUAUGGAUAGUAUUGAAUCCUAUAUAUACAAUCACUGGGGUCCCAUCACAGUUAACCUGAUAGCUGAGAUGGCUGCUGUGUGACUCAUGGGUGGAAACUGUAUAUCGUGUUGAUAUGCUGGACUAGGGGAGAUUUUUCAUCACACUAAGGAUAGCUUGCAAUUUAAAUUUAUGAACUGUUUGUUUUUAACUUUUUGGACCAUGGUUAACCAUGAGUAACAAACUGCAGAGAGUGCAGGGGGGGCUACUGUAAGUAACUUUUAGAUGCAUUCCAAAAGUAUCUUUGAAUAUGAAAUUUUUUUCUUCAUCAGAUUAUAACAUUGUAUUUAAGGAAUACAGAAAAGGGUGAUUCACAUAUGACUUGUGAAUAAUCUACAUGAGGUAUCUGAACCUUUGUCCUAGAUACCUUUUUUUGGAAGGAAAAGUUUUAUAUUUUUCUAUUAUUUUAACUUGAAUUUCCCAGGUUUAAAUAUUUGUGCAAGGUUUUUUGUUGUAUCUUUAGCUAAAUUGCUCAGGUGUUACUACAACAAUAAAUAAUUAGUGAAAUUCCACAACCCAAAAAAGAAAAUUGGUUCUAAACUUGACUUUCCUAAUGAGUUUGUAUAUGCACUUGCUUGAUCUCUUUACCCAUAAAAUGUUACCUUCUGCUUGCCGUUGUUGUUGCUAUUUUUUAUUUCAUGAAAGAAAAUGCACUACAACAUUAUUUGAAUAUUUGCACAUUUCUCAACAGUGAAAGACAUUUUUGUAACUUUACGAGGUAAUUUUAUAUAAUCCAAAUAGAACAUAUAUGGAAUUCAGGCUAUUUGAUAUAUUGUUUACUUAAUGUGAUCUUAGGCAAAUGCUGCUGCUGUUGCUCCUGCUUUGAAGUAAGUGUACAUUUUAAUAACAUUUAAUAACAAAAUGCAGACCUGAUCAGUGUUCACAUUUAAUACCUUUUAAAUUGUAAAGCAUUUUUUUAAUUGAGAGACAUUUUUCUGUCUGAUUAAUUUUUGAUUUGGGAGAGUUGGGAGUGGUAUGGGGAUAAGGAUUAAGAAUGCGGAGGAGGAAAAGAUUAUAAGAGGGUGAUUAACAUCCCUGGAGGCUUAAAAAAAAAGUGCACAGUGCAACAAAAAAAGAGUAAAUCACAAAAUAUUGAAAAGGAGUGAAACAAAUGUAACAGAUUUAUUAAGAUUCAAUUCAACAUAAGAUAAAAUGCACCCUCUACGAGUGGUUUACAAGCAUCAGCACUCUUAAUUUCAGACCAUUUUCACCAACCUCCAAACUCCAUACUCAUUAGCGGGUGUUCUCCAUUCCCUAAUUUCCACCCUAGGAAACCAUUGAUAUAUUUUUCUAUCCAUAGUGUUGCCUGUUGUUAACAUUUCAUCUAUGUGAAGCCAUAGAGUAUUAUUUCUUUUGUGAUUGGUUUAUUUCAUUUAGCCAGAUGGUUCCAAAGUUUAUCCGUGUGGCAGCAUGUGUCAUUAUCUGUUGCUGACUAAUAUUUCACUAUAUGGAUAUACAGUCAUCUUUCCUUAUCCUUAAGGGAUUGGUUUUGGAACCCAAAGGAUCCCAAAAUGGUCAGAGGUUCAGAUCCCAAAAAUAAAGUGUCAUAAUAUUUGUGUAUAGCCUAUACACAUCAUAUUGUGUAUGUUAACUCAUUCCUCAUGUACUUAGUACAAUGAAAAUGCUGUAUAGAUAGUUGUUUAUUGUGUUCACAAUAUUGAAAAAAGCCUGUACAUGUUCAUUACAAUGCAAAUUGUUUUUUAGUAUUUUCAAUUGUGUUUGUAGACUCCACAAAUGUGAAACCCACAAAUACACAUUGCCGACUUACUACACCUUAUUUAUUCAUUCAUCUCUUAGGGACAUUUUGGUGAUUGACACUUUGGGCUGCUAAAAUAAUGUUGCUAUUAAUGUUAUGUGGACAUUUGUUUUCAUUUUUCUGGAGUAUACAUCUAGGAGUUUAAUUACUAGAUCCUACAGUAACUCUGGAUUAAUAUUUUGAGGGACUGCCAAACUAUUCCUGUGAGGUUUUGUUGUCCCUACUCCAGUAAAACAUCUUGCCAAGGAUAUCAGUGAUGUCUGUUUUUCCAGAUCUGGUGAUAAACUGUCAGUCUUAUCAGCAGAAUGUAAUUUAAUGAAUCAUUACUUCCUUUGAAAAAUAUUUAGAAGUAGUGUGCACAUGUUGUGAAAAAAUCAGAAAAUACUGCAAUCCAAAAUACUAAAAAUUAGAACUUCACACUCCCAUCCAUCCAGAGUUCACCACUGAUAGUACCUUAAUGUAGAUCCUUUUUAUCUUCCUUUGUGCUCCGUGUAUAUGAUUGGUGGUUUUGUAACUAGGGUUCUUAUGCAUACUAUCCUGAAUCAUUUCUUAAAAAAAGUUUUUAAGGUGAACAAAUUUCAUGUAUUUCAUACAUACAGAGUUAGGAACAUAGUGAUACUUACCACCCUGCGCUCCCUCCCACAUGCUCCCAGCCUCUCCUCCUCCCUCUCUUACUCCCUCUUCAGUUUUUUCAGUGAUUUGCUUUCAGAUUGCUUUAUACUCAUAAGAUUAACCCUACAAUAAGUAAAUAGUUUAACAAAUAGAAGAAAUAACAACACUGUUCCUCAAUGGUAGAGUACCAAAAAAUGUAACCCAUAGGAGUGAAAUUGCUAUUUUGAGAUUCAAUGAUUGCUUGCAGCUCUUUACUGUUGAAUAUCCUGCUUUUGAAGUUAACAGUCUUUAGCUUUUCCUUUCAGUAAGUUUUCAACUCUUUACUACUCAAGCCAGAUUCACCCAGGAUAUCUUUUAUAGCUGGUUUUGGCAAAGCAGUUACUAAAUGUAUUUUAUCUAGCUAUUAGAGCCUGUAGAGCUCUUUUAAUGCAGUACACGUUUUAAAAAAUGGUAUUUAUUUAAAAGACCAGUCUCUUAACCUGACACUUUUAUCCUUGGUAGUUUUUGCUUAGAGAAGACCAUGUUUCUCCUGCCUCACUUGGUAAUUCCUUCUCUUCUCCCCAAUCAAUGUUUUUUAAGUACCCCAAGUCUUAGUCCUUGGUUUGCUUCUCUGCUUAUACUGACUUUCUUGGUAAUCUCAUCCAGUUUCAUGGCUUUAGACACUAUAUGCUGACAACUCAUGAAUUUUUAUGUUUACUCCCAAACCCUCUCUCUUGAAUUCAAACUUGUAUAGCUAAUUGUAUAUUUAGUAUCUCUAUUAGAUGUCCAAAGAAACAUGUGAAACUUAUGUCCAAAAGUGAAAUUGUUCUCUUUUCCUGGACCAGUUUCACACAGUAUUCCUCAUUUGAGCUGAUGACAGCUCCAUCCUACCAGCUGGUCAGGCCAAACAUCUUGUUCUACUUGACUCCUUUCUUUGAAGCCCCAUACCCAAUAAAAUUCAAUUAGUCACAGUUUCAAAAUAACCCAAACUAACCACUUUUCAUCUCCAGUUCUACCUUUAACCCUGAACUGGGUAGUUAGCCUCAUUAAGGGUCUCUCCCCUACCUUUGUACGUCUUUGGCCUAUUCUCAGCACGAUAGCCAAUGAUGAGGCCUAGGAGAUUCCUCAUUAUCCUCUGUUAAGGAAUAGAUAGCCAAGGUGACCAAGCAAGUACAUUUCUUUGGUUCGUAAUAUGCUAGUAAUGUCUGAUACACUCCUUCAGUUUCUGUCCAGAUCAUAAGGUGGAAUGCUGCCCCCCCCCCAAAAAAUAAUGGUUGAGGAAAAAUUAAAAGAAAAUCGAGCAUUAAAUAUGCAAAAGGGCAGGCCUGCACUGUGGCUCAAUAGGCUAAUCCUCCGCCUGUGGUGCCGGCACCCCGGGUUCUAGUCCCUGUCGGGGCACUGGAUUCUGUCCCGGUUGCCCCUCCUCCAGGCCAGCUCUCUGCUGUGGCCCGGGAAUGCAGAGGAGGAUGGCCCAGGUCCUUGGGCCCUGCACCUGCAUAGGAGACCAGGAGAAGCACCUGGCUCCUGGCUUUGGAUCAGCGUGGUGCGCUGGAUGCAGCAUGCCAGCCACAGCGGCCACUGGGGGGGCGAACCAACGGCAAAGGAAGACCUUUGUCUGUCUCUCUCUCUGUCCACUCUGCCUGUCCAAAAAAAAAAAAAAAAAAAAAAUGCAAAA